UAUGUGUGCUAGGAAGAUGGAAUGUAGCCUACUUUAUGGGGACGUCAUAUGAUAACAGUGCUUGUGGGCGUGCAGCGAUUUGACAAUUAUUUACUAAAACAAGCACCAAGCCUCACAGUGGCGUGACUAUCGUGCACAGGUCCCUGUCAAGUUAAAUUGUAGACUGUUGACUUUUUGGGCUAAAUGGAACGGUGGAAAGGAAGAGUCGCUCUCGUGACUGGAGCCUCCGUUGGAAUAGGGGCGGCCAUCGCGAAAGCUCUUGUCCGACAUGGAAUGAAGGUGGUCGGCUGCGCGAGGACCGUGGAGAAGAUAGAGAAACUGGCAGCAGAAUGUCAGAGUGCCGGCUUAAGUGGCAGUCUCAUCCCCUACAAAUGCGACCUCUCCAACGAAGAGGAGAUCCUCUCCAUGUUUUCCGCCAUCAAGACCCUGCACCAGGGCGUUGACGUGUGCAUCAACAACGCCGGCCUGGCUCACCCUGAGCCGCUGCUGAGUGGCAAAACGGAAGGCUGGAGGACCAUGAUGGAUGUCAAUGUCCUGGCGUUAUCAAUAUGCACACGUGAGGCCUAUCAGUCCAUGAAGGAGAGAAACGUAGAUGAUGGCCACAUCAUCAACAUCAACAGUAUGAGUGGGCACAGGGUAGUUCCGAGCUCCGCUGUUCAUUUCUACAGUGCCACCAAGUACGCAGUGACUGCGCUGACUGAAGGCCUCCGUCAGGAACUCAGAGAGGCCAACACCCACAUACGAGCCACCGCCAUAUCACCCGGCUUAGUGGAAACAGAAUUUGCCUUCAGACUUCAUGGUGACGAUCCAGAAAAAGCUGCUGCAACAUACGCAAGCAUUAAGUGCUUGGAGGCGGGUGACAUAGCCAGUGCCGUGGUGUACGCCCUCAGUGCCCCCCCUCACGUACAGAUUGGUGACAUUCUGAUGAGGCCAGUGGAGCAGACAUCCUAACCUCAAGCCAGCAGGCCCCUCUUGUGUGCCUCUCCAAUGAUCUGCUGGAGGGAUCGAUCUAAGCGCAUCAGAAUCUGCUCUCCUGGACACUUCAUCCCCUUAAAGAGAUCCACAGAGGGUGGUGGUGUGUGUAGAGCUUGGGCCACUGACUGACUGGUGCCUAUAGGCCUUACUAUGCAGGCCUUAUGAUGUACAGAAUGAUCGAGGGAUAGGUAGGAAAUGAUGGGAGAGAAAAGGGCGGCAGCCAUUUUAUGAGGAAUGAGAUGAUGUAGAGGCUUCCGAUUUACUUUUCUUUUUCACCUGAUGGUACAUGACGUGCAUCCCACUUGGAAGUUGGGAUUUUUCUUUUUCUUUUUUAAAAGAGGAUAUUAUUAUUGUGACGUAUUGAUAAGGAAAUUAGCCUGGAUGAUCAAAUCAGUUUGAAAAUUAAAGUCAAGUUCAGACUCACUGAUUGAAAUAAUUGAAAGCUUCCUCUCGCACAAUAUUGUCAAUUCUCUCACUCCAGGAACCGAAAGCAAGGUUGUAAAACUCCAAUGGCACAUUUAGUUGGCUUUCUUUCAAACAACUGACUGGCUGGCUGAUACCUCAUUUGAUGUAUACCUCAAGUCAGGAGGAGAUUUAAGAGUGCAAAAUACUAAAAAUGGCCUUGUGUAUGGUUUAUUUUACCCUUAUAGGAAUGUAUUAGCUUGGCAUCUCCUUAGUCUUACAGCAGUUAUGGUCUCAUUUAUCAUCCAUGUAAUUGCAUUUGGCUGUGAAAUACUUGAAUUGGCUUUUUUUUGUUAUCUUUCUGGUAGAAUGCAAGCCAGAUAUUAAACCACUAAUCACUGAAUUACCUCCCUUAACGUUAGCUGCUAACUGCUCUGAUUUUGUUCUCCUUACAUGUAUUUUUUUUCCAUUGUGGGUGACACACAGACAAAGCAAAAGACAUACACCGUACAGAUGCACAGUACAAACACACUGAUGAUGGGAAAUCAAGGCAAGGCUGCAUUUUUUUCAGUCAUCACUACACUAUUCAGUCAUUCUAUCAUAGGAAAUGUGUAACAUGAAUAAUAAAUAAUAAAAACUCAUUGCAUCUUGA